AUGAGAGAAAUAAUGAUUCCAAUGAAUCCGAUGCAGGUUGAGGAGUUGACUCGCCUGCUUAAGACUGUUACAAAAGGAAAGCAGAAGGUAACUGAUCCAAAAGAAAAUAUUAUUGACUGGUCCAACCGUGCAAAGCAGACUAUCUCCAUCCCCAUCCCAUCCUCUUCCUCUUCAUCUUCAUCAACUUCAUCCUCACCAUCCUCAAAAUCGGCACCAUCCUCAAAUUCAGCGCUAUUCUCAAAUUUAUUAUCGUUUCUUCAUUAUGAAGAAAUGAAUAGGGAUCAAAGGAAUACUUUAAGAGGUGAAAUAGUCAGAAUAAUGGACCGACUUUCAGAUGAUAAAAGUCUAAAUAUAAAAAAAACCUUUGAAAGUCAACGAAAAAAAGUGAAUAAUAUCAUUCCGGUUGUUCAAAAAUCAAUUAAUAAGAAAUUCUUCCUGGUGACUGAUGGCGUCAUUAAACAUGUCAUUCAUGAAUGUCAUCGGCAUCAAUGGGAGGAACUUCUUAAUGCAAGACGUGGUGCAAAUUGGGUAGAAAAUGAUAAAAAAGGCGGCACGCAAAUUCUUGAUAAAAAACGUGAAAAAAGAUCAAAAAUUAUUGACAAACUAAUCACGUUAAAGGAUCGAUUGCAACCUUACUCUCCUCUGGAAGAAGCUGACGAAAACCAGGAUCCACCGGAAGAAGAUGAUCAGGCUGAAGAAGAUGAAAAUCAAGAAGUUGUUGACGAAAAUCAAGAAGAAGUUGAAGAAAAUCUAGAAGAAGUUGACGAAAAUCAGGAAGACAAAGAAGAGGAUUAA